AGGUGGAGCGCCGCGGUGCUCGCCUGCUGGACCCGCCCUCGCCGCCUCGCCGCCCGCUCCUCCAAUAAGAGCUAAAGUCAAAGCCGUAGCCCUCCGUAAGAGCAGGCCAAGACAAACGGAGACAAGACGCACGGGAGCCGGCCAAGAGCGAGAGGGCGGACAAGGUUGCUCAAUUAAUUAAAUAAAAGCUCCGGGAACACAGCACGAGUCUCUGCGGCGAGAGAAAUACAUAGCAAAAAUCGAACUGUGGAUUUAUACCUGACGGAUUACCUAGAACAGCGGUGCCUCUUUAUUUCCCCCCGCUGACCGGCAAUGACGGCACCUCUCGUGAAGGAGGCUAGGCUACGGGAGCAAGCGGAAUAAAGCGACCAACGCCGGCUGUACAGCGGAGAGGCUGGGGAGGGAGGGGGGAGAGAAAGAGGGAGCGCGGCUGCAUGACUGGACAGAGGACGCCCUGUAUGUCCGCAACUGGGACGGUAGCCCACGCCGCCACAUCUGGAGGUGCAAAGAAGCGGUUAUGAGGGAGUCUACCAAACAACACACACCAGCCGCCGGAUGCGGCAUGGCGACUGUGUAUCGUUUCUGAAGACGAAUGGCACAGUAAAGAGGAGAUGUCCUCCGGUUUGAUAUGAACGGAGGCGAUUCCGACAAGGGGGUUAUUGGUUUUGCAUUCCCUGCAGGGGGGACUGAGUGCCCCGUGUGAAGACAUUUAGUUAUUCUGGACUUCGUGCCGCGGACGUGGGAAAUGUAAACAUUCGGUUGGGAUUUUAAACUGCGUGUACUUCUCCUGAGGAAUUUUGCCGGCAUGGAGUGUGUCGAGGCGGACCAGGAGGUAGCAGAACCUCCUGUUAACGGAAUUCAUGGACCGAACCGAAUCCGGCCUUCCUCGUACCGGGCACUGCGCAGCGCCGUGUCCAGCCUGGCCCGUAUUGAUGAUUUCUUCUGCGAGAAAAUCGGCUCCGGGUUCUUCUCGGAAGUGUUCAAGGUCCAGCACAGGAUCACGGGGCAGGUGAUGGCGCUGAAGAUGAACACCCUGGCCAGCAACAGGGCCAACAUGCUGAGAGAGGUGCAGCUAAUGAACAGGCUGUCCCACCCCAACAUACUCAGGUUUGUGGGUGUGUGUGUACACGAGGGGCAGCUCCACGCUUUGACAGAGUACAUUAACGGAGGGAACCUGGAGCAGCUGCUGGACAGCGACAUGUACCUGUCGUGGACGGUGAGGAUGGGCCUGUCAUUGGACAUCGCCCGGGGGCUUCAGUACCUGCACAGCAAGGGCAUCUUCCACAGGGACCUCACCUCUAAGAACUGUCUGGUUCGCUGUGAAAAUGGGCUCUUCAGUGCGGUGGUGGGGGACUUUGGCCUGGCAGAGAAGAUUCCAGACUACAGUGACGGACUUGAGAAACAGCCCCUGGCCAUCGUGGGCUCCCCCUACUGGAUGGCCCCGGAAGUGUUAAGGGGAGAACUUUACAACGAGAAGGUGGACGUCUUCGCCUAUGGGAUUAUCCUGUGUGAGGUCAUCGCUCGGAUACAGGCUGACCCUGACUUCCUGCCCCGCACUGAGGACUUCGGCUUGGACGUGGAGGCCUUCCAGCACAUGAUAGGGGACUGUCCCCCCUCUUUCCUGGAUCUGGCUGUCACCUGCUGCAAUAUGUGUGCGGAAAAGCGGCCGUCCUUCACAGAGAUCGUGAUCGAGCUGGAGACGCGGGAGAGGGAGAGGGAGAAGGAGGAGAAGAAGGAGCUGGUUGUUCUGGGGCCUGUUGCCCGCCACGACAGCCCACACCGGAGGAGAUCCCUGUGCCUGCCGGGGGACCAGCGCCUGUCGCGGAGCAAGUCGGAUAUGCUGCCGCCCGCUACGCCCCCUUUGCUGGGGACGCCCGCCCGGGUCAACCCCUUCUCCCUGCGGGACGACCUGAAUGGUGGCAAGAUCAAGCUCUUUGACACGCCCAGCAAGUCGGUCAUCUCCCUGACCUUCACCCUGCCCCCGCCGCCUGAUCCCUGCGCCUCUCCCUCGGGGGGCGACCCCCCCCGGGGCGCCCACCGCCGCUGCCAGUCCCUGCCCUGCACCCCUGAGCUGAGCCGCAUCCCGCUGCUCUCGGCGGCGCUGAGGGGCGAGGGGGCGCCGGGUGGCAUGGGCACACUGCCCGACACAGACAAUGACAGCCUGGAGGAGGAAGAGGGUGGGGCACAGAGGACGGAGGAGCUGGACUCGGGUCCGAUCGCCGACGACUCGGGCCUCCCCCUGGACCUGGAUAUGGUGUCCCUGGAGUGCUUGGAGGAAGAGGAAGUGGAGCUGGAGAGCCUGGGUUUGGGUGAGCCCAUGGACUGCACCAGCUCCCCCGACACACUAGAUGGCACUGUUUCAGCCCCUGUCAAACCCCCCCUCGCCUCUACCUCUGCACUGCCCAAUGGCUGGGGCCCGCCUAUCUCCAACGGCCCCCCGUCCCUCCCCCCACUCCCCCACCUGGACAACAACAACAGCACGGUGGUGGUCAGCCGCCCUCUGGGCUGGGGGGGCAACGGGUACCACGCCCCCACUGGCGGCCCUGUCCCCUUCCCCCUCCCCAACUCCAGCAGCACCACGUUGGAGCAGGAUGAGGUCAUUUCCUGUCCCGGAUGCUGCCUGGCAGGGCUAAGCUUCCCCUCUGUGUGUCUGCGGGGCGCCGCCCGCCGGAACCCGCACCACCCCUACAAGAACCUGAACGGGGACGCGACACGUGGACUGCUGUGUCGCAGCCCCAAAAACCUGGCCCCGCCCCCCACACCCCCUGAGCCUGGCCUGCCCCUCCCCGAGGCUCAGACAUAGAGGGGGGGCCCCCUUACUGGACGAUGUUUCUUUUUCCCGAUAGCACUACUGUCAGUCUGACUGUAAAUAGUGUAACCUGCUUGAUAUCCCCACUGCAGUGCAGCUAAAACUUGGGGAAGUUAAUCUGGGUUGGGAUAUUCACUGAGUUUGAUUUCCUAUGGUGUUGCGUGAGAAAAAGUUAAAUGAAAAGCGUGCUGUUCUACUGCUAUAUAUU